AACCUCCACUCGCGCACGUGUACUCUCCACGGACGUUUUAAUCAUGGAUAUGCGCGCAGGAUACGUAAUAUAAUGCGCCCGCUGAAAUUUUACGCUCAUGGAAAGCGAAAUGCUAUGGGAGAACAUUUCCACAUUUUCGUCGGCGAUCUCAGCCCUGAAAUUGAAACGCACCAACUCAGAGAGGCCUUCGCACCAUUCGGCGAAAUUUCGGACUGCAGAGUCGUGCGUGACCCACAGACCUUGAAAUCUAAAGGAUAUGGUUUCGUGGCCUUUGUAAAGAAAGUAGACGCAGAAAAUGCAAUAGCUAGUAUGAACGGUCAGUGGCUGGGAGCGCGGGCGAUACGCACCAACUGGGCGACACGCAAGCCUCCGGCACCGCACAAAGAAGGCCAGUUGAAGCAGCUGUCAUACGACGAAGUCUUUAACCAGUCCAGUCCAACAAAUUGUACCGUCUACUGUGGGGGCAUCACACAAGGAUUGUCUGAGGAGCUAAUGCAGAAAACGUUCGGAGCAUUUGGACAGAUUCAAGAAAUUCGAGUUUUCAAAGACAAAGGUUAUGCUUUCGUUAGGUUCGGAAGUAAAGAAUCGGCGACGCACGCAAUAGUGUCCGUUCACAACACGGAGGUGAAUGGUCAGAUCGUGAAAUGCUCAUGGGGCAAGGAAUCCAGUGACCCGCUCAACGCCAGCCAGUCACCAGCUAGCUUGGGAGCACCAUACGCGGCGGGUUACAGCUACCAGCAGAUGGGUUCAUCGAUGGGAUACUGGGGAUAUAGUCCGGCAGCGCACUACCCACAGAUGCAGGCGGGCGUCAUGCCCAUGGCUAGCCAGUUUCCAUACGGGCAGUACGGCUACGCGCAGGCGGGGGUACCUGGCAUGCAGGUGGGCUGGCAGCCGAGCAUUCAGGGCGUGCAGCCCGCAGCGGCCUUCAACGGCACCCCGACAUCGGCGGCGACCCAGCCCGGCAUGGUCAGCGGAUACCCUAUGCAACAGUUCCAGGCACAGUGAGCUGCCGUGCGCACGCAAAGCUGGGCGGAUGUGUGCUUCCGCACUUGGAGAAGGAAGGAAGCCACUGCGUCCAGAAGGAGAGACCGAGAGAGGUCGCUCAGGGGAAAAUAUUAGGCGUUGUAGUCGGUCAGGCGAUUCACCAAUCAGUCCGUAUGUUGUCUCCCCUAUACUCAUGGCCAUGAGAUUUCGGUGGGUUAUUGUAUCACCAACUAUAGAGCUGUCUAAAGGGCCAUGUUCCUCAGAUUCAUGAAUAGGGCUGUUAUUAAGUGCCGUGCUUCAAUCCCAAAAUAGAUUCGAACUCCCAGUCGCCAGUAUGUACUCAACAUUUCUCUUUUUGUUACAAUCGCACAUAAAAGGUCCGACUGGGAUCUUCGCUCGUGUCACAAAUUCUAGACAGAAGUAAUCUCGUGUCAUCUGUAUAGUUGGGGGGCAACAUCAGACUGCCGGGUGAACGACUGUCAGCCAUCAUGGUCCUGGGCACCGGCGCGUCCUUGGUGUCCGCGCCCUCUGUGAAGGGCAGUGUAAUAUGCUCGAGUGAGAGUGAUCAAUGGUAAAAUGGCUGCUCUCAUUUAAGCUCUAGGUUAGUUUGAGUUGUUGACGUAGUUAGUCACCAAUAUUGUACAGAUGGAUUGAUAUAAAAUAUCUAGCUGAAACAAUGUGUUUUUGAUGUUGAUCGUUUUGCAGAAAUUUGUACAGACAACCCACGUCAGACGCUGCAAACCUGAAAAUAGUUACGAUGAGGAUUUUUUUCAUUUUUAUACUAUAUUGAACUGUUGGAUUAUCGAGGAGAAUUUUUCAUAUGUUUCUGUUGAUGUAAAGCAUAUAAAAAUGUUUAGAAACGUUAUAUCCAUUUUUGAACGCCUUGGGAAUUGUUCUCACGCAACAUUUUUCAGGUUUAUGGUAUGUGCUUAUUCAUCAAACGAAUCCAGGCCUACUAUGCGGGCUGUUUGAUAAACACUUAAAUAGUUGGUUUCCUAGAUUCGUAGAGUUCCACUCGGGAAGUAGCUGUCAUUUUUGCAAAGCAAACGCGUUCGGUUUCAUCAUUCCUGUUUAGUGUGUUUCGUUAUGCAAUCUAUGAGCUUCAUUCCCAGCCACGGGUGAUACUAGUUGAUAAACGAGCCAUUCCUGAAACUGUACGGAUAUUCAUGUUCUCACUCAACACGCAUUUUCUUCAGUUAUGAGCAUAAUGAGAAUUGGAUGGAAAAAUUUGGAAUCGAUUUAAAAAAAAAAAAUAUUGCCUCUUGGCCGAUGAAUAAUCUGGUUUAACCAGAUUUUCUCUUUCUUAUCUGGGGGACAAGGGUCUAUGUCUUCCAACGGCAAUAGGCCACAUUCGCUUACAAAUAGUUUUUAUCUGAUUGUCUCGGCAAUUUUCGUGUAUGCACAAUUCACGCGGCUCAGAAUUUACCGAAAGUGUGACAACUAUCAAAUAAGUAUAAGAAAACUGUCUACAAUGUAAACCUGAUAUGCCUAUGAUAACUGAUGUAAGUUUCAGCUGCCAUCGUGUUGUAACAGCUUUCGUCGUGCUGUAACAGGUGUCAUCGUGCUGUAACAGCUGUCAUCGUGCUGUAACAGCUUUCAUAGUGCUGUAACAGUUGUCAUCGUUUUGUAACUGGUGUUAUCAUGCUGUAACAGCUGUCAUCGUUCUGUAACAUGUGUUAUCAUGCUGUAACAGCUGUCAUCGUGUUGUAACAGCUGUCAUCGUGCUGUAACAGCUGUCAUCGUGCUGUGGGAGUCUGUUCUACGCCACUGCAGUUGUCCUCAUCACGAUGAGCACCAUCCGUCAACCUGCUGUAUACAUGAAUGAAAGCAUAGUGGUCGUAUUGCACCUCUACCGCUCUGUCGCUCGCAUCGUUCAGCAGCGUGUUUUAUGCUUGCUUGUUGCGGUACGGUGACGAAACCAAGGGCGAGGCGCAGAGACUGUCAUCUAGAUGUAAAACAAAAA